AUGUCCCGUGCUUCCAAGCUCACGCUGCUGGGCACGUCCCUCUUUGCCGCCUCGACUGUGGCCUUUGUCCACUUCCAGCAAGAAGCCGAGAAGACUGUAAGACCGUCGUCGAUGCGAACAGGACAUGCCAGAAGACCGCCACUAACUGGACAGGCCAUGCACCAAGGUGUCGUGCGCGACAUGGAGCAGCAGCGCAUCAAGCAGGAGCGGCAGCUGGACUUUGACAUGCAGCGGGCACUCGAGCUCCAGUACAAACAGGAGCAGUCGGUGCACGAUGCCAUUGCCGCGGCAGACGCAGCAGAGGCAAAAGAGAAAGGAAAGGGGGCAUAG